CAUCAUCUUUAUCAUCAUCAUCAUCAUUAUUACCAUCGUCUAAAUCAUCCUUUUUUUAUCCUUUCUCUGCUCUUUUGAAUCCCUCCUAAGGUAAUCGCGUCUUCUCCUCUUCAAUUGACUGUACAUUUCUUGACAUUGAUAUCCUUAGCCUUUAGUUAACAUUUUUUAUUUUUAUUUUUCGCCUUCUAUUGUUUCCUCAAAUUUGUAUUAAUUAAUUUUACCCCUUUUUCAUCUAAUAUAUAAUUAUUACAUUCCAAUUUACUGGAUAUAAAAUAUCUCAUGGACACUCAUUUUUAUACCUUAAUUUGCCCUUUUCUUGCCACCCAAUUUCCAGGUUAAAUGUAUUUUGAUUAUCUCACUUUUAUCCCUUCCUUCAACAUGUUUGACAAUUGCUACUCGACUGAUUAUAAAUCCUCAUCUUUAUGAUCAAAACCAUAGUGAUAAUUGAUUCUUCAUAAAUGCUUUUUUUUCCUUUUAGAGUAAGAUUAUUCCCUGGGUUCUCCCUUUCUUUCUCUGGUUGUCUUCCUAUUUCUUUCUCCCUGUCAUGUCUCCUACUCUAUCAUCGCCACCAUCUUCCUCUUCCUUUUCAUCAUCUUUAUCUUCUUCUAUUAUUAGGCCAAUUUAUUGUUUACUCAAUCAACUCCAAUGCUUUUUCGGUAUCAAUUUCAUCAGACGGUUUCGCUUUGUGUUUGUGAUUAAUCUGUUUCAACAAUCAAUUUAAAAUUUGACACCAAAAAUUGAUCCACGUUUAAUAUAUUUUUCUAAUUGAAGUCAAUUCUUUCUCAUUGUUCAUUCCGGUUUGGAUAUAUCAACACGUAAUUUAAUUGAGUGUCCCUCGCAUGGGAAGGAGAGGAAGGAGAAGAAGGAGAAAGCGUUUAUUAUUGAUAUUGUCAACAAAAUGUGAUACCAGUUCUUGAAGAGUUAAUCAAAUCUUUAAAUUGGUGUUGAAUUGUAACUGUAAUAUGAGAGCUAAACCUUGACCAAAAAACGAAGCUUCAAAGGAAAAAUUAUAUCUUAAAGAGUAACUUGUAAAUUAAGUCAAUUUAUUCUACUAUCAAAAUUUUGUGAUUAAUAAGUGAUCUCCAAUGGAUUCGGUUAACUCAAUUGAGCCGUCAUCAACUUCUUGUUAUGGAUCGGCAGUUUCAACUGGUUUACCAGAAGACCAUCAACUGACCAAUACUACUAAUUUACCUGCCGAAGGAUCAUCUGGUAUGUUAUCUUCAUCUAAAAGUGCAACUCUCAUUACCUGCUCUUCAUCUUUUAACUCCGAAUGUAGCCUAACUUUGAGUAAUGAGAACCUUCGCUCAUCUCCUGAUCUCAGUUUAUCCCAUGCAAAUUUAUCGCUAUUAAAAGGAUCCAAAUUUAUUCGUAGUUGUCGUACACCUUCUGCUGGUUUAUUACUCUCAGUCCCAUGUGAAAGAUAUGGUGGUUUUCGUCGUUUCUCGAUGCAAUCUGGACAAAGAUUCUCUCUAUCUCCAACCGAUACUCUGUUUGAAGAGCAAAGUGAACUCAUCUUAAACUGUGGUGCCCUUUCAUCAGCUGUUUUAGGCCGAAUCAAAAGUUUUUCAACUUCGGAUAUAACCAUGACUUCUGGCCAAUUCGAUGGUCUUAACUUUCCUACCGAUGGAUUUGGUUUUGAUUCUCAUGGAUUGAAAAGUUCCUUGUCCGAGAUAGCUCUUUUCGGUGGCUGUGUUUGGAAUCCAAGACUCAAUCUGCCCAAUAUACGAUCCCUUGAUGCAACAUCCCGUUCUUGUUCAACCUGGGCUAUGGUUGGUGAUCGAAGUAUCUCUUCUGUUAGUCAGUUACCUUCGCCAUCUCAGGCUCAUUCAGUUUCUGGUACAUUGUCUCCAACCCUUAAUCCAUUGGAUAUUGUUUACAGUAUGAACAAAAAAGUGCGACAAAUGUAUAUCCGUCAACGUUUAUUAUCAACUUAUCGGACUCUUGAGCGACUUUCUCGAAGCCACCUGGAUUUGGGUAACUUGAUUAAAGGUGAUUUGGUCAAUAAACUGAUUAAAGUCCAAGCAGAAGAGGGCUACGAGGGACCAUCUUUAACUAGUAUUAACAAAUCAAUAGAUGUAGACUCAUCAUCUGUGAUCACGCAACUCGAACCAAAUGAGACAAAGGAAACAAUUUCCAAUAUUCCUCCAGCAUUAGCUAAUACUUUUAAUUUAUCUCCAUCAAACAGUUUUACCAAACAAGAUUUAUCAUCAAUAAUAUCAAGAUCAACUUUCGCUCAAACCAAUCCAGGCACUGGUCAUGCUGAUAAAAAUGAAAUUGAUCCUGUCAAAACUAGCACAGAUAACUCCAAUGACAAUGAUCUUAAUAACAACAGUAAACAUGGUGACACUUCAUCAGCUUCCAAAUUUCAAGAAAGGCUAACUUCAACUUCAUUGGACUUAAUUCAACUACAAAAUGAUUUAUUUUCGCUGUCAGUUCGUGAUAUUGAGUUACAAAAGGGUAAACCAUUGACCAAAUAUGAAAGGAACAUGAUGAUCUUCAAUUGGUUACAAAACCUUGACCAAGAGGAAUCCAAUUAACUAAAUUAUUAUUCAAUGUUUAACGUUCUUCCAAAUUGUAUUAUCAGUCUCCAUUAUCUUUCAUCCAGAAUAAUGGAGAAAUGAAAUUGUUUUUUGCGCUUUUAUUUGUUAUUGUAUCACAUUAUUAUCGAAUUAUCUUUUUUUUCUCGAACCGAACCAAAUUAAGAUCAUCAAAAAAUUAUAAUUGAUUCAAAAUAAUCUCUUGGUUGAAUAAAAUUGGAUUAUUUAUUCUAAGUCAA